GGCUUUUUAGUCGCACUUUUCUUUGCUUUUAACUUCUUGUCUCGCUCAUAGUAAACGACGCACGACUCCUUUGUGUUAUCGAAAUCUUUUGUGUUGAAGUAAUAUUUGGCCUUGUAGCAACCCAGCUUAGGACCAGCGUGGUGGUAGCCUUUCCUGUUUUCCUCUCGUAGAUGUCAAGCUCCCAAGAGUGCUAACACACAGAGCGGACCUAUCUUUUUUUGGACUUUUUCCCGCCUAACUGUCGCUUGUGCUCCUGGGAUAUCAUUUCAUUUUAACCGAACGGUCACAUCGUUCAAGCACUUCCUCCAUUUAUAUCGCUGACCUCACAGUAUUUGUUUUGCAAGAGGAAAAAAGGAAAACAAAGCAGCAGUUAAUAUUCAAGAGGCUAAGGAAUGCGCUACUUCGUAUCGUUAUUCGCGGUUUACGAAUGAAAUGAUUUUUAGUCACCAAACUAAUCGGACGUAACUACCUGUGCUUCAAAGAGCUGCAUCACUGAUCACGAUGAACACAGGAUGCUGUUAAUGGUCACGGGAUAAAUUUGCACCGUCUGACUGAACACAUAAAUUUUGUCUUAAAUUUACAUCAUAAUCCAGGUCUGUGUGUGAAAGAAGGUUCGUGCUCACGAGACAGCGCCUGUCCCUGGCUUGGCGACACAAGAUGCUUAACGUUUGUGUUGGAGUUGUGCUUGUUUCUGCCGAAGCUUUCUAAGAGUCCAAUGCCUACAGCAAGAAGUCGUCUAAGCAAGAUCGUUCUAGUGUCACUGUUUGCCUUCAUUGUCAGUGUGUUGGUUGAGGAAUCAGAUCAACAAAUUCUACGAUCAAGGCAUGUUGAAUCACUGUGCCUUCGGAGAUGUCUUCUCCGAGCAGUGAAGAGAUCCAAAACGAAGGUAUCGACAUUCUCUUGCUAUAGAAACUGCAUCAACCGGAAUAACCAAGAUCAAGAAGCUCAGACUGCAAUCGUCUUCAAGCAACGCAUCCGUAAAGCUCUAAAACCCGUUCCUGGAUGCAGAGACUCGUCACCAGACCAGUCUGAAGACUGGACUCCGAGCGUGGUCAAUGUAACCUUUGGACAGUAUGAAAACACUAGUUAUUGGUAUGUGAACGCGUCUUGGACACCUUUGAAUGAAUCCUAUGGAAACUGGACUGAGAUUAUGGUUAAACUCUUAGUCCGGACUUCUAAAAUUGAUCCGUUAUCUCCAGCGCCAGUAAUCUGCUCUGUGCAUCCUAAAGUAAGUGAGAAAACACGGCAAAAUCCUUAGGUGGAAAAUUUUAGCAAAAAAAAAAAAAAAAUUACCACGGAUCUCGCUUUGUUUUAAUAUGGGAUAACAAAGUAACCACCACGCAAAUAUAUGUGUGAAACAAAAGAUGUAGUUAUACCAGGGUUUUAUUGAAAUGUGCUAUUUUGUGGUUUGGUAUUUUGGGUUC